CGGGUUGGGGCCCUCAAGGGCGCUGAACCUUUCCUGCGUUGCCACGAGAUGGCGAGGAUGAGACGCGUGCAUGCUCGGAGCCGAGGGGCGCGCGGGUGGGGAACGUGGCGGUGACCACAGUUAAAGCCCCCGCCCCGGCCUGGCGGAAAGGUGGCCUGGUGCCCCCAUUUGGCUUCCUGUCAUCCUGACCCACUCACAGGAACUUGGGGGCUGGAGGGCGAAAGGCACCGCGUGGGGAGGCGACGAGGGUCCCGCCUGGGGGGCGGGAGUACGCGGGUGAGUUACUAAGCAACGCGGAUCGGCUUCCUGUCAGCUGCGGCUUGCGGUUGGGUCUUGGGGGGCGGGGAGGAGAAGCUGGGGACUGCGGGGAAAGUUGAGAACAGAAAGCCUAGUUCCCGGACACAAGAACCUUUAGAGGAAGGCAGGGAGGGAGCGACCUGAGGCUCCGCGGAAAUGGACUCCGAGGUGGUCUGUGGGGGAGGCGGAACCCGGGGCGGCGCUCCACACAGCCCGUCGCACCUCCCGCGGGUUGCUUGCCCUGUUGCCAGAGUAACAGCCAGGCCGCACUCGGUAGUUAGAUUCUCGAACUCCAUCUGCCCAAUCGGCGGCAACGGACGUUACUGACGUCAGAGCCAUGGCAACCAAUAGGAAGAGGGCAUUUUAGGGUGACGGGAAGAGGGGGGCGGGAGGCGGAGGGAGGGAGGCGGUGGCUGCCAGGAUCCGCACGUGCACUCCCACACGCUCGCUUGCGCCCCUCCCACCUCCGCACGCGCCCCUUGCGCCUGCGCUGCGAGUCGGGCGCGUUCAGUCCCCGACGCAGCGAUCUGUGAACUAGCGUGGCUCACGGCCGCGUCCCACAUCCCCAGAGGGCCCAAGCCUAAGGAUCUGUCUCCACUCUUUAUAUAGCCAGCAGUCGAUUGGGGCUGGGCCUCAAGUGGGAGGGCCAGCUACCUGUUCCCGCCGCCCUCUCCACAGGCGCCCUCUCCACUCGCUCCCAGGUGAGCUGGGCGGAGCUGCGGCUUCCGGUCCCGCGAGCUCAGCGAAUGCCCUCCCGGCUCCAGGUUUAGGUUGCUUCCCCUAGACAAAGGGAGGGCUACCGGCGCCCUUCCCGAGCCCGCACCCGCCGGGGCCCAGCCUCAGAGGGUGGCGGGGGGGGGGGGGGAAAGCCCUGGGUGACCCAGGUGCCUCCCCCCAGUGCGGUCACACCCAUUCGCCCGAACCCCUGCUUCGACGUGUACCGAGACCCUCCCGUCCCCAAAGUUCCCUCCUCCGUCGCUCUGGCGCUCCUCGCACCCCCUGGCUUCUUUUGGGCUAUCUGUCCCCGUCUCCACUCGUCCUUCUCUUUCUCCGAGUUAUAUAACUCUUCCUUCACGGCGUGUCCUGAUUUCAACUCCACAGACUCCGCCCUGUAACAGCGCGGGAGGGGCGGGAGAGUUGGGGACCCAGACAGAUUCCGGCUGGCGGCCAGCGGGGACACGGGGGGACCCCGCCGAUAGACGGAUCCCCGCGGGGCCCGAGGCCCUGUCCCCCACGCCCUGUCAGAGAUCUCGCCCAGGAAAGAGAAGGCCAAGUAUCACUGAAGGGCGUGUCGGGAAUCCCGACCGAAAAGUGGGUUGGGAGGUCAGGGCUGGAGGCAGGAAGUGGCCGACCAGAAGCUUGAGUCCUACUGGGGCUAAAAGAGAAAAAGGCCGGACGCCCGGGUUUCCUUUUAGGUCUUCUUUUCGAGUUCCCAGAAUCCCCAAGGCGACGCCUCGGAAGCUCAGCCCGCGGCCCCGUGGCCCCCGCGGGAGUCAAAGGUCCGUGUUAAGGGUGGCCGGGGAUGAUGUCACCAGUGCACGUGCCCCGGGAUGGUUGCCAGGCAAUGAGGCCUACCCCCUUCCAUUCCCUCCCACCCCUGCCCCGAGUCCCGGUCCAGUCCCGCGCCGGCUCUUUCCUGUCGCCCUUCCCUGGGUCUCAGCGUCCUGCAGGUGGGAAACCCCGGACUGGAGUUCGUGAGGGGGAGGGGCGCCGUGCCGUGUGGCUGAAAGACUUUGCCCCUUGGCUGGGCUGGGAGAACCCUGGGUCACUUUCCCCUAGAUUGGCACCGAAGAGCUUCCCCUCCAACCUCCUCCUCCCUGGGCUUCCAGAAAUCUUUUUACUUUCUCACCUGCUGCCUAGCCUAGUGUCAUAUUGCCCCUUCUCCAUCUUGAGUUGAAGUGGGAGUGGUUGCCACCAGACAGCUGCCCCCGAAAAGAGUUGUGUGUGUGAGAGUGGAUACACAGCAGCUCAUGUCCGUUUAGCCAGUGACUUACUCCCCUCCCCAAACUGAAGACAAGGGUCAAGAAACUGUAUUAAGCUGAAAAGUCAAGGUUUUCAUUCUGUAUAGGUUCCCCCCAGACAUCAUGGCAGCCCUAUAGCACUACACACCUCACAGUGGUCUGCUGCACCCCACUGUUGGGGCACUGGUUCUGAUGAGACUGGGCACACCAAACUCCAUUUGGCUGUUACUGAGGCGGAGACACGGGUGAUGAUUGGCUUUCUGGGGAGAGAGGAAGUCCUGUGAUUGGCCAGAUCUCUGGAGCUCGCUGACGCAGUGAGGGGACGCUCCCACGGAGGCCAGAAUUGGCUGUGAAAGGCUAAGGGCGGCCAUCUGGGGACAGUGGGCAUAUACUUGUUAGAGCAGCUGGAGCGGGACCAUCAUCCCAGAGAGCUGGGGCAGGGGGCUGUGCCCGAUCUCCAGGGCUCCUGGGGCCACUGCUGACCUGGCUGAAUGCAUCGGGCAGUAGACCCUCCAGGGGCCCGCGCUGCACGGGAAGCCUUUGCCCUUGGGGGCUUGAGCUGUGCUGGGGCUUGGAGCUCCUGCCCACCCCAUCCUCCUCGUAGCGCAUGGCUGCCUGGAAGCAGAUGUUCAGCCAGCAUUGGGCAACACCCGCUCCCUGCCCCUUUACCCCCUUCACAUGGCAGUAGCUCUGGGCACCCUAACAAACCAUAUUAUGUUCCAGGGGUGCCCACCCCAAGACCCCUCCAUGGGAAGCUGGAAUCUCUACAUGGCUGUGUGCAGGCACUGCUCCGGGAGCCGGCCCAGCCAGGGCUGUGGGAACAGCUUGGGCAGCUGUAUGAGUCAGAGCAUGACAGCGAGGAGGCCAUACGCUGCUAUCACAGUGCUCUUCGAUAUGGAGGAAGCUUUGCUGAACUUGGGCCCCGCAUUGGCAGACUGCAGCAGGCCCAGCUCUGGAACUUUCAUGCUGGCUCCUGCCAGCACCGAGCCAAGGUUCUGCCCCCGCUGGAGCAGGUGUGGAACUUGCUACACCUUGAGCACAAGAGAAACUAUGGGGCUAAGCGAGGGGGUCCCCCAGUGAAGCGAGCUGCUGAACCCCCAGUGGUACAACCUAUGCCCCCUGCAGCACUCUCAGGCCCCUCAGGGGAGGAGGGCCUCAGUCCUGGAGGCAAGCGCAGGAGAGGCUGCAGCUCUGAACAGACUGGCCUUCCCCCAGGGCUGCCACUCCCUCCACCACCAUUACCACCACCACCACCACCACCCCUGCCUGGCUUGGCUACCAGCCCCCAAUUUCAGUUGACCAAGCCAGGACUGUGGAAUAGUCUGCAUGGAGAUGCCUGGGGCCCUGAGCGCAAGGGUUCAGCACCCCCAGAGCGCCAGGAACAGCGGCACCCGCUGCCUCACCCGUAUCCAUACCCCGCUCCAGCUUACACCGCGCACACCCCUAGCCACCGGCUGGUCCCAGCCGCUCCGCCAGGCCUGGGCCCCCGCCCCCCAGGAGCAGAGAGCCAUGGCUGCCUGCCUACCACCCGUCCCCCCGGAAGUGACCUUAGAGAGAGCAGAGUUCAGAGGUCGCGGAUGGACCCCAGUGUUUCACCAGCAGCAACGACCACCUGCGUGCCUUAUGCCCCUUCCCGGCCCCCCGGCCUCCCCGGCGGUACCACCACCAGCAGCAGCAGUAGCAGCAGCAGCAGCAGCAGCAGCAGCACCGGUCUCCGGGGCAUGGAGCCGAGCCCAGGCAUUCCUGGCGCUGACCAUUACCAAACUCCUGCACUGGAGGUCUCUCCUCACCAGGGCCGCCUGGGGCCCUUGGCACCUAGCAGUCGGAAACCAUUCUUGGGGGCUCCUGCUGCCACUCCCCACCUGCCCCUGCCACCUGGGCCCCCGUCAUCCCCUCCACCCCCCUGCCCUCGCCUCUUACGCCCACCCCCACCCCCUUCCUGGAUGAAGGGCGCGUCCUGCCGGGCAGCGCGAGAAGAUGGAGAGAUCUUAGAGGAGCUCUUCUUUGGGGCUGAAGGACCCUCGCGUCCUCCUCCUCCUCCUCCUCCCCCUCCUCCUCCUCCCCCCCCACCCCUUCCCCACCGUGAGGGCUUCUUGGGGCCUCCGGCUCCCCGCUUUUCUGUGGGCACUCAGGAUUCGCACACCCCUCCCACUCCCCCAGCCACCAGCAGUAGCAGCAGCAGCAAUGGCAGCCACAGCAGUAGUCCCACUGGGCCUGUGCCCUUCCCCCCACCUCCCUAUCUAGCCAGAAGUAUGGACCCCCUUCCGCCGCCACCGAGCCCCACACUGAGCCCCCAAGACCCACCUCUCCCACCUCUGACCCUUGCCCUUCCCCCAGCACCUCCCUCCUCUUGCCACCAAAAUACCUCAGGAAGUUUCAGGCACUCGGAGAGCCCCCAGCCCAGGGUCUCCUUCCCAAAGACCCCCGAGGUGGGGCCGGGGCCACCCCCAGGCUCCCUGAGUAAAGCCCCCCAGCCUGUGCCGCCUGGGGUUGGGGAGCUGCCUGCCCGAGGCUCUCGACUCUUUGAUUUUCCCCCAACCCCACUGGAGGACCAGUUUGAGGAGCCAGCUGAAUUUAAGAUCCUUCCCGAUGGGCUGGCAAACAUCAUGAAGAUGCUGGACGAGUCUAUUCGCAAGGAGGAAGAACAGCAGCAGCAGGAGGCAGGAGUGGCCCCCCCGCCCCCGCCGCCGCUGAAGGAGCCCUUCGCUUCUCUGCAGUCCCCAUUCCCCAGCGACACCCCAACCACCGCCGCAGCCACCACCCAGGAAGAGGAGAAGAAGCCACCACCAGCCCUGCCGCCGCCACCGCCUCUAGCCAAGUUCCCCCCAGCGCUGCAGCCGCCGCCGCCCCCGCCCCCCGCCAGCUCGGCCAGCCUGCUCAAGUCCUUGGCCUCCGUGCUGGAGGGACAAAAGUACUGUUACCGGGGGUCUGGAGCCGCCGUCCCCGCCCGGCCUGGGUCCGGGCCCGCGCCCACCACUCAGUAUUCCCCCGGCCCCCCAUCAGGUGCUACCACCCCGCCACUCACUUCAGCCGCCCCCAGCGCCCAGGGCUCCCCGCAGCCCGGGGCCUCUUCAUCUCAGUUCUCUACCUCAGGCGGGCCCUGGGCCCCGCAGCUCAGGGCGGGCGAAGAGCCAGCCCCCGGCCCCUCCGCCCCCGGCCCGCCGUCCCCGCCGCCGCCCCCGCCGCCCCCCGCCCGCUCCGAGUCUGAGGUGCUAGAGGAGAUCAGCCGAGCUUGUGAGACCCUGGUGGAGCGGGUGGGCAGGGGCACCGUGGACCCCGUGGACCCGGUGGAUCCGGCCGACCCGGCGGACAGCGGGACAGAACGCCUGCUGCCUUCUUCUGCCCUGGCCAAGGAGGAGGGCGGCGGGGCGGCGGGGCCGGGCGGCAGCAAGCGGCGGCAGAAGGAGCAGCAGAAGGAACACCGGCGGCACCGGCGCGUUUGCAAGGACGGUGUGGGCCGCAGGCCGCGCGAGGGCCGGGCCAAGGCCAAGACCAAGGCCCCCAAGGAAAAGAGCCGAAGGGUGCUGGGGAACUUGGACCUGCAGAGUGAGGAGAUCCAGGGGCGCGAGAAGGCCCGGCCUGAUGUCGGGGGGACCUCCAAGGUCAAACAACCCUCAGCUCCAGCCCCCACAUCGGCUCCUGCGACUCCUGCCCAGCCUGCUCCCCCGUCAGCCCCUGUGCCUGGGAAGAAGGCUCGAGAAGAGGCCCCAGGGCCCCCGGGCGUCAGCAGGGCUGACAUGCUGAAGCUGCGCUCACUUAGUGAGGGGCCCCCAAAGGAGCUGAAGAUCCGCCUCAUUAAGGUGGAGAGUGGCGACAAGGAGACCUUCAUCGCCUCGGAGGUGGAGGAGCGGCGGCUGCGCAUGGCAGACCUCACCAUUAGCCACUGUGCUGCCGAUGUUGUGCGUGCCAGCAAGAAUGCCAAGGUGAAAGGAAAGUUUCGAGAGUCCUACCUUUCCCCUGCUCAGUCUGUGAAACCGAAGAUCAACACUGAGGAGAAGCUGCCCAGGGAGAAACUUAACCCUCCAACACCCAGCAUCUAUCUGGAGAGUAAACGAGAUGCCUUCUCACCAGUGCUGCUGCAGUUCUGUACAGACCCUCGGAAUCCUAUCACUGUCAUCCGGGGCCUGGCAGGCUCCCUAAGGCUCAACCUAGGCCUCUUCUCUACCAAGACGCUGGUGGAGGCAAGUGGGGAGCACACUGUGGAGGUGCGCACCCAGGUGCAACAGCCCUCGGACGAGAACUGGGACUUGACUGGCACCCGACAGAUCUGGCCCUGUGAGAGCUCCCGUUCCCAUACCACCAUUGCCAAGUAUGCGCAGUACCAGGCCUCAUCCUUCCAGGAGUCACUGCAGGAGGAGAAGGAGAGUGAGGAUGAGGAGUCAGAGGAGCCAGACAGCACCACAGGAACCCCUCCUAGCAGCAGUGCGCCAGACCCAAAGAACCAUCACAUCAUCAAGUUUGGCACCAACAUCGACCUGUCUGAUGCCAAGCGAUGGAAGCCCCAACUCCAGGAGCUGCUGAAACUGCCUGCCUUCAUGCGGGUCACUUCCACCGGCAAUAUGCUCAGCCAUGUAGGCCAUACUAUCCUGGGCAUGAACACUGUCCAGCUAUACAUGAAGGUCCCUGGCAGCAGAACGCCAGGCCACCAAGAGAACAACAACUUUUGCUCAGUCAACAUCAAUAUUGGCCCUGGGGACUGUGAAUGGUUUGCUGUGCACGAGCACUACUGGGAGACCAUCAGCGCCUUCUGCGAUCGGCAUGGUGUGGACUACUUAACUGGUUCCUGGUGGCCAAUUCUGGAUGACCUCUACGCUUCCAAUAUCCCUGUGUACCGCUUUGUGCAGCGCCCUGGAGAUCUGGUGUGGAUUAAUGCGGGGACUGUGCACUGGGUGCAGGCCACUGGCUGGUGCAACAACAUUGCUUGGAACGUCGGGCCCCUCACCGCCUAUCAGUACCAGCUGGCCCUGGAGCGGUAUGAGUGGAACGAGGUGAAGAAUGUCAAAUCCAUCGUGCCCAUGAUUCAUGUGUCCUGGAACGUGGCUCGAACCGUCAAAAUCAGCGACCCCGACCUGUUCAAGAUGAUCAAGUUCUGUCUCCUGCAGUCCAUGAAGCAUUGUCAGGUGCAGCGGGAGAGCCUGGUUCGGGCAGGGAAGAAAAUCGCUUACCAGGGCCGCGUCAAGGAUGAGCCUGCCUACUAUUGCAACGAGUGCGACGUGGAGGUGUUCAACAUCCUGUUCGUGACCAGUGAGAACGGCAGCCGCAACACGUACCUGGUGCACUGCGAGGGCUGCGCGCGGCGUCGCAGCGCGGGGCUGCAGGGCGUGGUGGUGCUGGAGCAGUACCGCACGGAGGAGCUGGCGCAGGCCUACGACGCCUUCACCCUGGCCCCGGCCAGCUCGUCGCGAUGAGAGCGGAUGCCCCGCCCGCCCUCCCGCGUCGGGCGCCGCGGGGCCACCAGCACACGCCUGGGCUGGACCUGGGUCCGCCUCGGGCUGGGAAGGGCCGCCGGCCCCUCCACCGUAUUGGCAGCUCCCCUCACCUAAUUUAUUAAGAAUUUUU